AUGUGGAGUUGCCCUCAAUGUAAUAACAGUGACAUCCGUCUAGUUGGUGGAAAUAAUGAAAUGGAAGGACGAGUUGAAGUUUGUGUUGGAGGGACUUGGGGUACAGUGUGUGAUGAUUUCUGGGGAUAUCCUGAUGCUCAAGUUGCUUAUUCCACAUCAAUUGGUAAUGCAUAUUUUGGACCUGGUACUGGUGCUAUUAACAUGGACAAUGUCUUCUGUAGUGGAACAGAGAAUGCAUUAACUGAUUGUAGUUACAGUGCCACACAUAACUGUGUCCAUCGAGAAGAUGCUAGUGUUGUAUGUAUUCAAAGACCAGUGAACUGCAGUGAAGGUGAACUUCGACUUAUUGGAGGUCAAAACUAUACUGAAGGACGAGUAGAGAUCUGUUUGAAUGGGAAUUGGGGUACAGUUUGUGAUGAUCUGUGGGGAAAUCAAGAUGCUCAAGUUGUUUGUAGACAACUUGGAUUACCUGUACAAGAAUGCAACGAGACUGAUGUACGUCUUGUUGGUGGAAGUAAUGAAACAGAAGGUCGUGUUGAAGUAUGUCUUGGAGGAAGAUGGGGAACAGUCUGUGAUGAUUUGUGGGGAGUGUCUGAAGCACGUGUUGUCUGUCGACAACUAGGAUAUGAUUGGGAAGCACAAUGUACUCAUGGAGAUGUACGUCUAGUUGGAGGAACAAAUGAUAACGAGGGACGUGUUGAAGUGUGUGUAUUAGGAACAUGGGGUACUGUAUGUGAUGACUUGUGGAAUAUCUAUGAUGCCCAAGUUGUGUGCAACCAAUUAGGAAUUGAUGGAGGUGCUGUGGCAUAUGGCAGUGCUCACUUUGGUCAAGGCACUGGUCCUAUUUUACUAGACAAUGUCCAAUGUACAGGUGAUGAAGACUCUCUAUUCAACUGUACUUAUCUAUCAAAUCAUAACUGUAUUCAUUUUGAGGAUGCUGGUGUGAUGUGUCAGAGUGCUAGUUGUAACAGCACUGAUGUUCGUUUAGUUAAUGGUCUUGUAGAGAGUGAAGUGAACUGCAGUGAAGGUGAACUUCGACUUAUUGGAGGUCAAAACUACACUGAAGGACGAGUAGAGAUCUGUUUGAAUGGGAAUUGGGGUACAGUUUGUGAUGAUCUGUGGGGAAAUCAAGAUGCUCAAGUUGUUUGUAGACAACUUGGAUUACCUGUACAAGCUGUUGCUCACAGUAGUGCAACUUUUGGUCAAGGUAUUGGUGAGAUCUACUUGGACAAUGUACAGUGUACAGGAUCCGAAUCCAGUUUGUUAGCCUGUAGUUAUGUCUCCAUUGAUAACUGUGGUCAUUCUGAGGAUGCUGGUGUCCAAUGUAAUGGACCAGGAAAAUGCAAUGAGACCGAUGUACGUCUUGUUGGUGGAAGUAAUGAAACAGAAGGUCGUGUUGAAGUAUGUCUUGGAGGAAGAUGGGGAACAGUCUGUGAUGAUUUGUGGGGAGUAUCUGAAGCACGUGUUGUCUGUCGACAACUAGGAUAUGAUUGGGAAGCACAAUGUACUCAUGGAGAUGUACGUCUAGUUGGAGGAACAAAUGAUAACGAGGGACGUGUUGAAGUGUGUGUAUUAGGAACCUGGGGUACUGUAUGUGAUGACUUGUGGAAUAUCUAUGAUGCCCAAGUUGUGUGCAACCAAUUAGGAAUUGAUGGAGCUGCUAUUGCUCGCACUAAUGCUUACUUUGGACAAGGCACUGGACUCAUUAACAUGGACAACGUCCAAUGUACUGGAAAUGAAGAUUAUCUCAUUAACUGUACCUACAUUUCUGAUCACAACUGCGGUCAUUUUGAAGAUGCUGGUGUGACAUGUGGAGUUACUCCUCAAUGUAAUAACAGUGACAUCCGUCUAGUUGGUGGAAAUAAUGAAAUGGAAGGACGAGUUGAAGUUUGUGUUGGAGGGACUUGGGGUACAGUGUGUGAUGAUUUCUGGGGAUAUCCUGAUGCUCAAGUUGCUUGUAAACAACUAGGUCUCCCUUACACUGGUAUAUUUAUACUUACUAUUAGUGUCAUCACAUAUUAUAAUUCCUUUAAUACAGGUGCUGUGGCAUAUGGCAGUGCUUAUUUUGGUCAAGGCACUGGUCCUAUUUUACUAGACAAUGUUCAAUGUACAGGUGAUGAAGACUCUCUAUUCAACUGUACUUACCUGUCAUAUCAUAACUGUAUUCAUUUUGAGGAUGCUGGUGUGAUGUGUCAGAGUGCUAGUUGUAACAGCACUGAUGUUCGUUUAGUUAAUGGUCUUGUAGAGAGUGAAGGUAGAGUGGAAGUAUGUCUAAAUGGUGUCUGGGGAACUGUAUGUGACGAUUUCUGGAAUACUAAUGAUGCCAUAGUUGUCUGCAGACAACUAGGAUAUCCAACUACUAAUUCCACAUCAAUUGGUAAUGCAUAUUUUGGACCUGGUACUGGUGCUAUUAACAUGGACAAUGUCUUCUGUAGUGGAACAGAGAAUGCAUUAACUGAUUGUAGUUACAGUGCCACACAUAACUGUGUCCAUCGAGAAGAUGCUAGUGUUGUAUGUAUUCAAAGACCAGUGAACUGCAGUGAAGGUGAACUUCGACUUAUUGGAGGUCAAAACUACACUGAAGGACGAGUAGAGAUCUGUUUGAAUGGGAAUUGGGGUACAGUUUGUGAUGAUCUGUGGGGAAAUCAAGAUGCUCAAGUUGUUUGUAGACAACUUGGAUUACCUGUACAAGGAGCUGUUGCUCACAGUAGUGCAACGUUUGGUCAAGGUAUUGGUGAGAUCUACUUGGACAAUGUACAGUGUACAGGAUCCGAAUCCAGUUUGUUAGCCUGUAGUUAUGUCUCCAUUGAUAACUGUGGUCAUUCUGAGGAUGCUGGUGUCCAAUGUAAUGGACCAGGAAAAUGCAAUGAGACCGAUGUACGUCUUGUUGGUGGAAGUAAUGAAACAGAAGGUCGUGUUGAAGUAUGUCUUGGAGGAAGAUGGGGAACAGUUUGUGAUGAUUUGUGGGGAGUUUCUGAAGCACGUGUUGUCUGUCGACAACUAGGAUAUGAUUGGGAAGGUGCUGUUGCUUAUUCAUUUGCUUUCUAUGGUCAAGGUAGUGGACCCAUAGUAAUGGACAAUCUACAAUGUGGUGGUAGUGAGUCUGCCUUAACAGACUGUCCUUAUGAUCCUGAUACAAGUGACUGUACUCAUUUUGAAGAUGCUGGAGUCAUGUCAUUAACUACUUCCAUGAUAUAUAUUGUGAAUCCAAGUAGUCAAAAAGGCAAUGCUGCAGGCUUGCUGGAGAUGAGAGAAGCAGAGGCUCAAGAUAAUCCAAUUAAUAUUAACCCAUAUGUGACAGUUACUCCCAAGGUGGAGAAGUUGGAUAGGACAGAUCCUUUAAUGUUAGAAGCAAAAACUGUCACAGAGUACGCCAUAGAGGGCACAAAGGAUGUUGUGUUGUGA